UACAAAAUCAGUAUGGACUACGUUUGGUUUAUUAUUCAAAUUACGUUUUCCAUCGGAAUUUCACUGUUCCUGUAUCUUACGUUUAGUAAAAUUGUGAGAAAAAACCCGUUAUGCUUCAAUUCAAUACGCAAACUACCAAGUGUAAAUUAUUUACUAAAAUACUGGUUGGCAGAAUUUUUCCUCAGAAUGAGAAGAAAAAAAACAGCGACUUCGACUAAUUGGAGAAAUAAAAAACUAAAGACUUCAAGAAUAAAAGAUAAAAAUAGCAGCCACACUUUGCUUUUCUAUGGAGCUGAUCAGGCCGGAAACUCGUUGUUGAUUAAGUUUUCACAUAGAGGAUUUAAAACGGUGGAAGCAACGUUGCAUCUUACAACAUCUGAUGGUCGUCUGUUCGUACUACCCGGCUACCCUGACACCACGGUGGUUAGUAGCUUCAAUCAAGAAUGGGCGACAGCAGAUCUUAAAAUAGAAGUUUUGAAAGCACAUCAGCGUUGGAGAAUAAUUUACAAUGGCAUGUUGCGGGAUUUAAGUAAAGGCGACGAAUGCAACGACAAAAAUGUGCAACAUGUUCGCUUGAACUUCCUUUUUAUCGUGAAUUCCGUACCACUAAGAUGGCCAGAAGACUGGAGUCUCAAACUGCACGCGGACGUUCUAGCUCGUGAACCAUGGAGAAGUCCCAAGUGGAUGAACAAAAUAAGACAACUAGACUACACAGGUACCGAUUACAUUGGCUCUCUGUUAGGCGAGGUAAGGUACAACGACGGAGACAUUUCCGCGUUAUACUUGCGUGGACUUUAUCAGCAUCGUUGGGGAAAACACGAAUCUUGCGAGUUCAAAGAAUCUGUUACCUUGUUUGGUGCUACGAAGUUUGGAGCCUUGUUUUAUCUUAAUACGAGCAGUACAAAACAUAGUUUUCCGACAAUACAAUGUGGACAACUGAAAGACAACGACGAAGCGAUUCGCGAAAUAGAGAGCAUGGGACUCACAUUAGCUGAUUUUAUGGAAAAGAAGUUGACAAGCAAUUCCGAACACAGAACAUGGUGCAAAGCUGGAGGUAAAGAUUAUGACAUUCUUAUGAAAUUCAAUGAACCAGUGACUUUGUAUCAUGGUCAGCCUUGGGAUUGGAAGAACAAAAUUAUUCCUGUAAAAUUAGAAUUCAAUGGAAGACCAGGUGUUGGAUUGCUGCAGCUAUGCAAUUCGUAUGAUGGACCGAGCCAGACAACUCCGUCUAGAAAAUUGCAACUAUUAAAACAACUUCAUGUACACUUGGAAAGAAGUGAUUAUGUGGUGUUUUUCGACAACGUAAAGUGCCAAAACGAAAAUAUAACUGGCGGAAAGGGAUUCUCCCUCGCGAUCUUAACUUCGAUUAAAGAUGCAGGCUUUAUAGUGCCGAAAGGAUUUUGCAUCACCGUUUUUGGGCUUGAAUUGCAAUUGCACACCAAUAAAGAACUGCAGGGAGUUAUUAACGACAUCGAGCACGUCAGCGUUGGUAAAAAAACAGGUGACUUGCAAGAAUACUGUCAUAGGGCUGUUAGGGUUAUCCAAUCCGCUCCCAUUGUGGAUGAAGUAAGGGAAUCUAUUUUAGAAGCAUUAAAUCAUUUGGAGGCAGAAGAGAAUAGUGAUAAACCUUAUAAAUAUGCAAUAAGAUCCAGUGCAGUUGGCGAAGAUAGCGAAGAAACUUCAGCAGCUGGUCAGAAUGCAACGUACUUAGGGGUUCAAGGUGCAGAUAAUAUAAUUAAAAGCGUAUCUAAAUGUUGGGCAAGUCUGUACUCUUAUCAAAGUGUGAUAUAUAGAAAACAGCACGGCAUGUUUACAAAAUCAUCCAUGGGAGUCUGCGUGCAGCUGAUGGUAGAUGCUGAUGCAGCUGGUGUGAUGUUCACUAGACAUCCAACAACCGGGGAUCCUUCGAAUAUCGUUAUUACUGCUAAUUAUGGUCUGGGAGAGACAGUGGUAUCAGCUGCAGUUGAACCGGACACGAUAAUAGUUCAUAAGAGUUGGGAUGAUAAGCUGACUAUGAACAGCACGAUGCCAGGGAGCAAACAGCGAAAGAUGCUAACAAACGAUGAUGGCUUGAUUACAAUUGAUUUGAGCGAGCAGGAGAGGAAAAAAGUCUGUAUAUCGGGAGAAAUUGCUUUACGACUAACCACUAUUGGAACAAACCUAGAAAGUCUGUUUGGUAGCGCUCGAGAUAUAGAAUGGGCAGUAGUCGGUGAGCAGAUCUACUUGCUCCAAGCACGACCCAUUACUACUUUGUACAACUGGACGGAUUUCGAGUUGAUACAUGAACUCGACACAGUAGUGCCUAGUGAUAUCGAUAUACUAUCGUUCGCGAACGUGGGCGAGGUAAUGCCGGGUCCAAUGUCGCCUUUGACAAUUUCUAUGUUCGUAAAACCGUUUAACGAUGCAGCUAACCCUUCCAGCAACAUUCCUGAUGCGAACUGUUUCAAUGUCGUGAGCAUGAGGUGCACAUUGAACUAUUACAACCUUUUUGUACGUCAGCCUGAUAAAGAGAUUUCACUGUCAAAUAAAGUUUGUGACAUUGCUUUAUGCGGACAUAUUAUGAUAACGCCUGAAAUACACAAAGUCGGCCUCGAAAGAAAUGGUUUAUGCAGUAGAUACGAACGGUGCUUUUGGUUGUGGAUGCUUGUCAAAGAUAUUUUACAAAAUGGUUCUGUAGAACCGGUUGCCAGACAACUUGAAAGGAGCAUUACUUUCAAUCUUGAGAACUUUUACACCGCUUAUAGUCUAUACAAUGAAAUUAAUAAAAAGAUAUCAGAAUAUAUAGAAAUGAUAAAAUGUCACUCACUGGCAACGAGAGGUAGUGUCAUAUAUCAAAUGCUUAUGAUGGCAAUCUUGACGAAUGGUUACGACGACAUUGUACCUCAUCAUUAUUCGGACAUUGCCGUAUUGUUGGGCACUGUUAAUGAUAUAGUUAGCGGUCAAGUAGUGGUAAGCCUUAAGAAAAUAGUAAAGUAUCUGAAGGCGUGUGAGCUCGAUGAUGAAUUUAAGAAACUGGAUCCUACAAAAGCUAUUGAUUGGAUGAAAAUUAACUGUCCGCCAGCUUCAAAAGAAUUCGAGAAUGUUCUCAAGGAACAUGGGCACAGAUGUAUCCAAGAAUUAGAUCUGAUGAUGGAACCUUGGUCCCUACGACCGGAUACGCUUAUUACAACGUUGCAGACAAUGGUAUCAUCGGCGAACAUGGACAACACAAAACAAAAGAAAUUGACCGCGAAAGAAACGGUGGCUUUGUUGAAGACACCAAAGUCAGAAGCCAUUAGGUCGAUUUUAAACGUAAUUGUACCCCUUAGUAGAAAAAGUGUUACACGCAGAGAGUUGACGAAGUCUUUACUCGUGAACGUUGUGCAUAAGUUUAGGCUAGCUUUCAAGAAGCUGGGGAAAUUGAUGGUCCUGGAAGAAUAUCUACCCAACCAGGAUCUUAUAUUCUUUUUAACGAUAGAUGAAAUUAGAGAAGUAUUAAAUCACCGUAAUAAAUCGCUUGUCCAGAGAGUCGUCCGUAGACACAGACUGUAUCCCAAACUGAAGCAACUUCGGUUUCCUGAAGUUAAUACCGGCAUGCCGCUUCCAAUCAAGAAUGAGUCGGAAAUUGAUAGGUUCCUAACAACCGAUGGUUCCAUAAAGAUUCAAGGGACUGCGGUAUGUACCGGUUCUGCACUCAACAGAGCAUGCGUAAUAACAGAUUUAUCGGAGACUCAUAAAAUACAAAGCGGUGACAUCUUAAUUACAUUCGCCACCGAUAUCGCUUGGAGUCCAUUUUUUACACUACUGAGCGGCAUAGUUACUGAAUUGGGUGGAAUUAUAAGUCAUGGGGCUGUUGUAGCCAGAGAAUACGGUUUGCCUUGCAUAGUCGGAGCUAGGGGUGCCACGCAACUGUUCAAAACAGGUGAUACAGUGUUGCUGGUCGCAGACACUGGGGUUUUAGAGUUAGUAAAAAGAUACGAAGAAAACGAGAAUCCAAAGUAAUAUUCUUGUAAUAAACCUCUGUAAUAAACAAAUUCUAUUUUUCAGCACUAA